AAUAGGGUCCAUUGAAAUGGUAAACCAGACGUUUUCUCAAAUGGAGUAUGAGAUCAAUACAUGUGACAAUCUGGUAAUUGAGUCUUGGGAGGCAUCCAAAACAAUAAUGCCUCGGCGUGGAUAUGAAUCUUCAAAACGGAGAUUGCAGAAGAAAAAUGCAUGGACUACAGAAUCUAAUGACAGGGAUGUGGAGAGCUUAACACAUGAAUUGGAGCAUUCCAUUAACAAAAAAGAUUCUGCAAAAGUUGAGAAAAUGUUGAUAUCAAAACCAAAACUGGUAGAGUUGCAUCAAUUCCCGGGAUUUUCAGACACAGGUCCGAUACCACUUCCUCAUGGGAUUAGCCUGAGCACCAUAACGGAAAAUGUUUUGUUAUGCCACAAGAACAGUGGAGGCAAGAUUUGCUCAUCAAAGGUAGUACGUCAGAUUCUUAGGACCUCUGUGGCCAAAGAGAUGUUGCUGGAUUGCUACUGGUGGAUAUUUCUUCAAAUGUAUAAGCCAGAAAUUGAAAACCAGAAGAAGCUGUUUGAUCGUGUAGCAAAGAAUUAUGUCCAGCUUCUCAGUAUGUGCAUGUGCUCACAUAACGGGGAGGCCUUCCUUAAGGUAUACCCCUCACUCUUGUGUCAGGCCAUAUAUAGCUGUUUUUGCUACACUUUCCCACAGUCCCUGUACAUUUUCCAGACAGAUCACUUCAAAACUCAGCUUUGUAAUAUCCUUUGGCAGUGGACUGGAGGUAUCUGUCCCAGUCUUGGGAGCUAUAACAUUUGGGACUUUGUUUCUUUGGAACCAAAAGGCAUUAUGGUACAAGGGAAAGAAAAGCAAAAGAAAGUGUCAAGUGCGUCAAUCAUAGGAUUUGGACCUUCCAGGGAAAACAAACAGGCCUCAAUGUUCCCAAAUGAAUACUCACACCUUAAGAAGCUUUCCAUUACAACUAUGACUUCCACAGUGUCUCAGAAAAAUCCCAGUCUUGUGGAUUCUUAUCAUGAUUAUUCACAAUGCAUGCAAGGUAAAAAUAACUAA